UUUAAAUUGAAAUGGGCGUGGCUCAAUAAAGGGGUUAAAAUUUUAAACUCUCCAGCUCAAAAUGUUUUCUUCCACAGGUGCUGCUAAACUUGACUGUGAUUCCGAGAGAAUAUGGAAAAUAAUAGACAAGUACACACCCAAAGACAAGUCACAGAAAAGACCAGAUUCAGAAGAUAUAUAUGAUAAUUUGUAUAACUGCUACAUUAACCAUUUGAAUGGUAGCAGUGACAAGAGGUUUCGUAGUUCAACUAAUUUGCUUCAAAAGCUCCCUCCAGCUGUUGCUCAAGUCUCAGUCAUCAUUAAUCUUUAUUCGGAUGAGAAAGGAUACUCAAUUAUGCUACCUGAGCCAACCUCUCAUCACUCAUCCGAAAAUAAAGAAAUCUUCCUACCUUAUGAAAAUGACGAUUUGUUCAGCUAUCUCGAUUCUGGAGAGGUUCCACCUGUACUAAUGGAAAUACUUGGAAAAACAAAAUAUUGUCAAAUGUACAGUGGGUGUAUUAUAUGUGAAGUGCGAAGCUAUAGAGUCCCUUAUUUAUUACCAGCUGGCGAGGAUACCCUCAAUUAUGAGUCACAGCUUAUACUACUCAAGCCUUCACCUGAAAUAACGUCAAUGCUUAUUAAUGAUUUCUCCAGGAAUUGCACUAAAGAAGAUAGACUUGCUUUAGAGAGCAGAGUACUAAUGGCGACUCAGCCUCCAUUGUGUUUAGAUCCUGACACAGAUGUUGUGUGUGUCCAGAAUAGAAUGCAUUAUAACAGAAAGAAGUAUCACACUUCAGGAAUAAGAAGGUAUUUGAGAAGACAGUGCCAGGCUAGACGAUCAAUUAUGCAGCUGUAUGCUGAAGGUCCUAAUCCAGAAACUCUGCUACUCGAAUCUUUUCUCUCAAGCAAAAAGAUACCAAGAAGCCAUACUGCAAGAAUUAAGAGUCUAAAAGAGAGACGGAAGCAUAUUGAGAAACCUUGCAGCUUUGAUGAGAUAAUGUCUGAGGUAAAGAAAUAUGCUCGCCCAGUCCAUGGGGUAAUAGCACCAGUUGAAAUAAUUAACAGACAAGAACAACAAAGCAGCAGUAAACCACUACCUGGACCCCCACCUAGACCCACAGUUACUACUACCUCUGAUAGCAUCAGUAUAAAUUUAAAAGGAAGAGAAGACAAAAUAUCAGUGAAGACUGAAGAACAGCCUUCAAAGCCUCCCCUUGAUGUUCCUAUACCAUCAUCUCACCAAACCAUUCCUCCUCAACCUCUCCCGCCAAAUCCAGCGACAAUAAAGAAGCCACACAAACCAGUCGUGGCCGCUCCCCCACAGCAGCCCCGCCCCAUUUCCAGGCCAGUCUUUGCUCGCCCUGUUCUGCCAGGCAUCACAGUAUUGAUGGGAGAUUCCAAGGCUGGUCGCUCCGUCUUACCUAAAGCUCCACCCAAACUCCGCCCAUCACUUCCUCCUAGCAUUCAACCAUCGAAACCAGUUAGUUCAACCGUGCCGCCCACAUUAAAAUUACUCAAACAAGCUCUUCCACUUCCUGCCCCUCCCCCUUCUACAUCGCUCCCUCCUCCCCUCAAGCAGCAGCCGAUAAAAGCCACACCCCCUACCUCCAUUGCUCCUGCCAUGCCUCAGCUCCACAAGCUAAAGAUGCCGUUCAUUCCAGGGGCAGGAGGAGGAGGAGGAGGAGGAGGAGGAGGAGGGCCCAAACAGAAAAAGAGGAAACAAAAAUAACUAUAAUUAUUUUUUGCCAUUAUUAAUAUUUUAAUUUAAAAACUAAUUAAAAA